UUGGCCGUUAUCUAUACGAGACAGCGUGGUAGAACGCGGGCUGUCUCAUUAUAAACCGGGUGUUUUCAAAAGUGUUAUUUCAUCGCCACGUUUCAUGUGAUUAUGCUGUAUAGACAGUAUAGACACACAACCGCGCACCAGCAGCAUGUACGCGCUUUUACGUAUGUUAUUAGUGCUUAUACAGUUUUUGUAUAACCUGUAUGAGACAAUUCGCUGCGCGUGUUUUGCGUUACAUCGAUGGUGCAUCUCCGCUGCGAGCACGACAUCAGAACUCGAUACGCUUGUCCAUUUCGCAACACUCGCAAGAAACAAGACACCCAAGCACUUGGUGAUUGUAUUUGGACUGUGCGACGAAUCGGUUCUGGACUGUGUGCGUAUAAUUGGAUGGUGCAUUACACUUGAUAUACCUUACAUCAGCUUCUUUGAUCGUAAUGGUUUCUUGAAGAAAAACGAAACCAAUCUCAGAAGAGAAUUUGAGAAAAAACGGCCUGAUUUAGUAGAACAUAUUGUUUGGAAUUCACAUACAAAAGCAUCUGGUCAAAAUGGAAUAACUGACAGGUCAAAAAUAAAUGUAUCAUUACUAUCUGAUAUAGAUGGUAGGGGAAAAAUAAUAGCGUUAACGCAGUCCCUGGCAAAGGCUGUGUCUUCUGGAAAUCUUGAUCCAGAAGAAAUUACGGACCAACUAAUCACUGAAAAGUUACAAAUAAAAGGAAUGCCAGAUCCUGAUCUUGCUUUAAUAUAUGGUCAUAUUUGUUCUACAUUUGGUCUUCUACCGUGGCAUACAAGAACGACAGAAUUUUUAAUGCUGCCCCUGUACGUCAAUGUAUCGGUAAAAGAUUUUGCAUGUCUCUUAGAGAGAUAUGGUAAAUGUGUACAACGAUAUGGAAAAUGAUGUGUAACUAUCUUUAUUUAUACAAAAAAAAAUGUUGCAUU